AAAUAAAUCACGAGCCAGAAACCUGGAGAAUAAAACACGAGGAGCAAGAAGAGAUGAUUGAAAAAAAUAAUGAAGAAUUAUCACACCUUAAGGAUCAAAUAGACAUUCACACUGGAGAAAAAACAUACAAGUGUUCACACUGUGACAAGAGAUUCAGUCGGUCAGGAAACCUUAAAAGACAUGAGAGGAACCACACUGAAGAGUGUUCACACUGUAAAAGGAGAUUCAGUACUUUGGGACGCCUGAAAACACAUGAGAGGAUCCACACUGGAGAGAAACCGUACAAGUGUUCACACUGUGAAAUGAGAUUCAAUAAUUCGGGACACUUGAAAGCACAUGAGAGGAUCCACACUGGAGAGAAACCUUAUAAGUGUUCACACUGUGACAAGAGAUUCAGUGUGUCAGGAAUCCUGAAAAGACAUGAGAGGAUUCACACUGGAGAGAAACCGUACACAUGUGAUCAGUGCGGGAAGAGUUUCACACUAAAAGGACACCUUAAAGAGCAUAUGAGAGUUCAUACAAAGGAGAAACCACAUUCAUGUAAUUUGUGUGGAAAGCACUUUCAAUGUCUGCAAUAUUUGAAAGUACACCAUAAAAUACACACUGGUGUGAGAGAGUACAUGUGCCUUGUGUGUGAAAAGACUUUUACUACAGCAACCUGUUUAAAACGGCAUGAGAGGAUCCACACUGGAGAAAAACCUUACCAGUGUUCACACUGUGGAAAGAGAUUCAGUGAUUCUGCAAAUCUGAAAAGACAUGAGAGGAUUCACACUGGAGAGAAACCAUUCACAUGUGAUCAACGUGGGAUGAGUUUCAUAAAAUCAGAAUAUCUUAAGAAACACAUGAAGAUCCACACUAGACAGAGACUGUACACAUGUGAUAGGUGCGGGAAAAUGUUUUUGAGAGCUUCAGUCCUGAAGCAGCACCUGAGAGUUCAUACAAAUGAGAAACCACAUUCAUGUCAUUUGUGUGGAAAGAGCUUUCAAUGUCUGCAAUAUUUGAAAGUACACCAUAAAAUACACACUGGUGUGAGAGAGUACAUGUGCCUUGUAUGUGAAAAGACUUUUACUACAGCAACCUGUUUAAAACAGCAUGAGAGGAUCCACACUGGAGAAAAACCUUACAAGUGUUCACACUGUGAAAAGAGAUUCAGUGAUUCUGCAAAUCUGAAAAGACAUGAGUGGAUUCACACUGGAGAGAAACCAUAUCACUGCACUGCAUGUUGGAAGUGUUUCAAUAAUUCAUCUGCUUUAAACAGACAUAUAAAAAACAAUCACAAGAUGAUCGAAAAAAAGAACGAAGAAUUGAGUGAAGUUGAGAAGAAAAAUCUUGUUGAAACUGGACAAAAACCCUUGAGUUGCUCUCAAACCAAACAGAAAGAUUUAAAGAAAAUAAGAGCCAAGAAAGCUUUUACCUGCACUCGGUGUGGAAAGAGUUUGAAAUGCAAAUUUAAUCUUGAGCGUCACAUGAGAAUUCAUACUGGAGAGAAACCGUUCACUUGUGAUCAAUGCGGGAAGAAUUUCGCACAAUUAUCACACCUUAAGGAUCACAUAAACAUCCACACUGGAGAAAAAACAUACAAGUGUUCACACUGUGACAAGAGAUUCAGUCGGUCAGGACACCUUAAAAGACAUGAGAGGAACCACACUGAAGAGUGUUCACACUGUAAAAAAAGAUUCAGUACUUUGGGAUGCCUGAAAACACAUGAGAGGAUCCACACUGGAGAGAAACCGUACAAGUGUUCACACUGUGAAAUGAGAUUCAGUAAUUCGGGACACGUGAAAGCACAUGAGAGGAUCCACACUGGAGAGAAACCUUAUAAGUGUUCACACUGUGACAAGAGCUUCAGUGUGUCAGGAAUCCUGAAAAGACAUGAGAAGAUUCACACUGGAGAGAAACCGUACACAUGUGAUCAGUGCGGGAAGAGUUUCACACUAAAAGGACACCUUAAAGAGCAUAUGAAAGUUCAUACAAAGGAGAAACCACAUUCAUGUAAUUUGUGUGGAAAGCACUUUCUAUGUCUGCAAUAUUUGAAAGUACACCAUAAAAUACACACUGGUGUGAGAGAGUACAUGUGCCUUGUGUGUGAAAAGACUUUUACUACAUCAAAAUGUUUAAAACGGCAUGAGAGGAUCCACACUGGAGAAAAACCUUACCAAUGUUCACACUGUGGAAAGAGAUUCAGUGAUUCUGCAAAUCUGAAAAGACAUGAGAGGAUUCACACUGGAGAGAAACCUUAUAACUGUACUGCAUGUGGGAAGUGUUUUAAUAAUUCAUCUGCUUUAAACAGACAUAUACAAAACAAACACAAGACAGGCAUGCAGAUGGAGUCUGGCAUAGUUUGUGAGGGACAAAAGAAUGAAAAGAGCUCAGCAGAAAUUGGAUUUGUGGCAUGUAGACAACAUGAGAUACACACCAGCUUUAGUGAGCCCCUCCAGUAUGCACAGCCCAUUGAGACUUGGAUGACAGGCCUUCUUUAGGAGUUAGACUUGCACACGUGGGACAAUGAAUUCCAGGUCAAACACAAUGCAGUGGAUGGCCUUCUUAAAAUUCUUGGCGAACAACACCCAGGGCUCCCAAGAACUGCAAGAACAUUACUUGGAACAUGUGAAAAUGUGAACAGAGAAAUUAAAUCUGGGAUGGAAUACUUCUACUUUGGAUACAAAGAACAGCUGUGUAGGUAUUUAAAUAUGAACCCUAUUAGACUGUCUGGACUUUCUUUGAAUAUCGAUGGCUUGCCACUACUUAAAAGUAGCAGUCAGUCACUUUGGCCAGUUUUAUUCCAAAUCAAGUUGAGUCCUUAUGCUCGUUCCUCUUGCUAUCUGAUUUGGUGUCUCAAACUCUACAAAUCUUUAUUUUAUUUUUUUGACAGAUGUAGUACAUGACCUGAGGGACAUUUUACUGAAUGGAUUAAAAACUGAUGGGUCAUUCAUGAGUUAAUUUGCACUGUAUCAGUUGUGAUACACCUGGGAAAGCACUUAUUAAAUGCAAAAAGCAAUAUUCAGGUUAUUUCGGUUGUGAGAAGUGAACACAGAAAUGCUUCUGGGAUGGCAGGAGGGUUGUAUACCCAGAGACGACAAAUGCUACUCUCAGAACAGAUCGGCUUUCCGUGAGCAGCUUCAGGAGGAGCAUAAUCGCUUAUCUGGUUGUCUCCUUUUUGGAUGCUCCAAACAGACAUGAUUCAGCAAUUUCCUUCAAAUUACAUGCAUCAGUGCUGUCUUGGAGUUAUGUGAAAAGCUUCUCCCAUCCUCAUUUUGUAGCAAAAAGAAGUCAUACUAUUCUUCACAUUAUAUUUUUACAUGCUACAUAGAAGGUCACAAAGCAUGAGGGUUUUUGAUGAAAGUUUUAAUUCUCAAUGUUUUGAUUGUUUUGUAUUUAGUUAACUGUUAAAUGGCAAACUGUGGAAAUAUUGAGUGUAAAAUGUCAAGGGGACAGAAUGUUAGGACUUGUCUGUAUAUUGCAGAAUGCCAGCUAAAGUUAAUGUUGAGAGUGGAAUAUAGGUAGAAUGUUAUAAUGAACCAAGAACACUGAACUAAAUACUUGUGCAUAUGUUUUUAUGUGCAGUGCAAGGGUUUGGAACCCCCAGGUCCAACACAAUUGAUGUAGUGCCUUCCAAUUGGCUUGAAAAAACAAGUGUUAUUUUUUUUCCAAUUACUAAUAUAUCUGAGAAGCUAAAAGGCAUAGUUCACCCAAUACAUUUAAUUCUGUUAUCAUUUACUCUUGAGUUGUUCCAAACCAGUAUAAAAAAGUAGUUUUGCUUAACAUAAAGGAAGAUACUUUAAAGAAAGUGUGGUGUUUGGCACUACUGACUUCCAUAAUACCAAAUCAGUGGUGCUCCAAAUGUUUGUGUGAUCAACCUUUACUAAAACCAUGUUUUUUCAAAGACUGUCUAUUAUGGAGGGUUAACAUGAUUAUUUGCUGUCAAUAGGGUAUAUUUUGU